AUGACGGAUUCAGCUAGCGGUUUAGCCGCCAUUCUUCAGCAGAUGAACCAAAUGAUGGAAGCCCAGCAGCAAGCUCAGAAAGCUCUCCUUGAGCAGCUUUUGAAGCCUAAGGAUAAUGAGUUCCUGAUGGAAUCACUCGCAAAAACCAUCGUGGAAUUUACAUAUAAUCCGCAGCACGGACAGGUUUUCGAUAAUUGGUACGCCCGGCACGAAGAGGUGUUUACCAAGGGAGGUGCACAGCUGGAGGAUGCCGAUAGAGUCCGGCUUUUAUUGCAAAAGAUGAAUUCUGUGGAUCAUGACCGUUACGUAAACUACAUCCUACCGAAGAGUCCACGCGAGAUACCGUUUGCUGAUACGGUAAAAACGCUGAAAGAGAUGUUCGGAUACCAGACAUCAGUUUUUUUUCGACGUUAUCAAUGUUUGCUGACGACGAAGAAAAAUUCAGACGAUUUUGUCACGUAUGCAAGCGCUGUUAACAAAGCUUGUGAGGAUUUCAGUAUAAAUACGAUCACACCGGAUCAAUUCAAAUGUCUAAUCUUUGUGGCCGGACUGCAGUCUGAAAAGCAGAAAGACAUUCGGACACGUUUGCUCGCGAAGAUGGAGGGGGAAACACAGGCUGACCCUAUGACAUUGAAAAAGUUGCUGCUGGAGUGUCAGCAUUUGGAUAACCUCAAACACGACACUGCUGUUAUUGAGAAUCCGAAGGCUACAAUCAACGCAAUUUAUCGAAACGAACAAAGAGAUCCUGUUAAAUACGUACAGAAAAAGAUGGAUAAUUCCAGAGAACCACGACGUCCAUGCUGGCAGUGCGGCCAGAUGCAUUUUGUUGCCGACUGUACAUUUACACAUCACACUUGCCGAAACUGUGGUAAAACUGGUCACAAGGAGGGUUACUGCGGUUGCUUCUCGAAGUCAACGGAAACUGGUACAUACACAUCGUCAAGUCAAGGUGGCAAAAAUAAAUCGAGGAAGAAGAAGAAAAGGCAAGGUAGUGCUAGUCAAGCUAAGGGCAUCUACGCAGUCAACAAAGCCGGUGUCGUCGGAAGGCGCAAGUACGUUGAAAUCUUCAUUAACAAUAAGCCGAUCGAGCUACAACUUGAUUGCGGUGCGGAUUAUACGAUUGUUUCGGAGGAGUCGCUGCAGCAGCUAGGCGAUCCCAUUGUGCGACCGACAACUCUUCGUGUAGUGACAGCUUCAAGUAAACCACUUCCAUUAGUGUCGGAAUUUCAGUGCAACGUCACCUUCAGAGGUGUGACGAAUCAGUCAGUAUGCUACGUAACGCCGGUAAGAGGAUUCAAUGUUCUUGGUAGUGAUCUCAUGGACAUCUUUGGUCUUUAUGACAUUCCGAUGAAUUCCUAUUGCAAGCAAGUGUCCGUAAAAGUUCCAACCGAAUGUAGGGAGAGUCUAAAAGGGAAGUUUCCAGAAGUUUUCCGGGAUGGCUUGGGUCUCUGUACGAAAACAAAAAUUCGACUGUUUCUCCGGCCGGGUGCCAAACCAGUUUUUAAACCAAAGCGACCGGUACCUUUUCACUCACAGCGGUUUGUUGAAAAGGAGUUGACACGUUUACAACUGAUGGGAGUGCUCGAACCAAUUGACUUCGCAGAAUGGGCAGCACCCAUCGUUGCGGUACGCAAAGCACACUGCGAUGCACAUGGCGAUCCAAUUGUCCGUAUUUGCGCGGAUUAUUCGACAGGUUUGAAUGCGUCACUGGAAGCAAAUAACUAUCCACUCCCCACACCAGAAGAGAUUUUCGCGAAACUUUCUGGCAGUCAGUUUUUCAGUACAAUUGACUUGUCAGAUGCAUAUUUACAGAUGGAGGUAGAAGAAGAUUCUCAGAAGUUGCUAACAGUUAACACGCACAAGGGACUUUUCAAGUACAAACGGCUUCCGCCCGGGGUAAAAUCGGCUCCCGGUGCUUUUCAAAAAGUCAUCGAUAGUAUGAUCAGCGAUUUGGAGGGAGUAGAAUCUUUUCUUGAUGAUGUCAUCGUGUAUGGCAAAUCUCGCGAGGAACAUGAUCGCAAUCUGGAAGGAACUCUAUCGCGAAUUCAGGAGUUCGGCUUCCGGGUAAAAAUUGAAAAGUGUAGAUUCUACAUGACGGAGGUGAAGUAUUUGGGGCACAUCCUAGAUCGUAACGGUAUUCGAACUGAUCCGGAGAAAGUGUCGGCGAUUGUACAUAUGCCGCCACCGAAGAAUGUUUCGGAACUGCGUUCCUUUUUGGGCGCAGUGAACUAUUAUGCAAAGUUUAUCAAGGAAAUGCACGAAUUACGUCGACCGUUGGAUUUGCUUUUGCAGAAAGACAAACGAUGGGCCUGGACAGAGGACUGUCAGCGAUCUUUCGAACGAUUCAAGCAGCUGUUACAGUCUAACCUGAUGUUAACACACUACGAUCCAACAUUGCAGAUCGUGGUUGCAGCGGAUGCUUCAAGCACGGGCAUUGGAGCCACCAUAAGACAUCGGUUCCCAGAUGGCACUGAAAAGGUGAUACAACAUGCUUCGCGUUCAUUGACCAAAGCCGAGCAAGGCUAUGGGCAGAUCGAUAAAGAGGCAUUGGCACUUGUGUACGCGGUAACCAAGUUUCACCGAAUGUUACUAGGACGGCAGUUUGUGCUGGAAACAGAUCACCAGCCUCUCCUCCGCAUUUUCAGUUCGCAGAAGGGAAUACCAACACAUACUUCGAGUCGGUUGCAACGUUGGGCACUAACGCUUUUGUGUUAUGACUUCAAGUUGGAGUACAUCAAUACAACGAAGUUCGGGUAUGCAGAUGUUCUAUCACGGCUUAUUAGUUCGACAGCUAAACCGGAAGAAGAAUAUAUCAUUGCUUCGGCUAUGCUUGAGGAUGAUAUGUCAGCGGUGUUGGACGAUUCUAUCGGUUCAAUUCCAGUAACGUCGAAGAUGAUAGCUAAAGCAACUUGUAGCGAUAAGGUGCUGAAGCAGGUAACUCAUUAUCUCACAUCGGAAUGGCCGACAAAUGUAAACGAAAUCAAUGAUCCCGAAGUGAAGGCGUUUUUCAACCGGAAGGACAGCCUAUCCCUUGUUCAAGGCUGUGUUCUUUUCGGUCAGCGAGUUGUGGUACCAUCACUAUACAGGAAGCGAAUCGCAGAACGGCUACACUGGGGGCAUCCAGGCAUAGUUCGUAUGAAAGCCAUCGCGCGCAGCUACGUGUACUGGCCUGGCAUCGACAAGCAUAUAGAAGAUUUCGUCAAGCAGUGUAAGGAUUGUGCAGCAGUUGCUAAGUCUCCACCACACGCACCACCGGAGGCAUGGCCAACUCCAGCAGGACCUUGGCAGCGUAUACACAUCGAUUAUGCGGGGCCAAUCGACGGUCUGUAUUUUCUGAUCAUCGUUGAUGCGUUCUCUCGAUGGCCAGAAAUCUAUCCUACGGUUACAACUACGGCAAAAGCAACGAUCCAGUUCCUCCGUUGUACUUUUUCACGUCUUGGACUACCUUGCACCAUUGUCUCAGACAAUGGAUCGCAAUUCGCUAGCGAGGAGUUCGAGUCUUUCUGCAACAUUAACGGAAUAACUCACAUCUUUACUGCGCCCUACCACCCUCAAUCAAAUGGGCAGGCAGAACGUUUCGUAGAUUCAAUGAAGCGGGCGAUGAAGAAGAUCAACAAGGGAGAACCCCUGCAGGAGACACUUGAAGUUUUCCUUGCAACAUACCGUUCCACACCUAGCAGAACUACCGAUCAGAAAUCACCUAGUGAGUUGAUGUUGGGUAGACGGAUGCGAACAACGCUGGAUUUGCUUCGACCAACACAAAUUGCGGAAACUGUGAAUGUCAACAGCCAGCAACGACAGUUUAGCAACGGCGAUUUGGUCUACGUGCAGGUGCAUAAGCGAAACGACUGGUACUGGGAACCGGGUAACGUCAUCGAAAGAAUUGGAUCCGUUAACUACAAUGUUUGGCUCUGUGGUAAACGAUCCGGUUUAAUCCGAAGUCAUGUCAACCAGAUUCGUCCACGAUACGACAGUGCAAAUACGGAAGCGGAGUUGCUCAACAAACACUUACCGCUGAGCGUUUUGCUAGAAGAGGUCGGUAUAAAACAACAACCGACUGAACCAUCACCAGAAGCAGUAGAUGAGCGUGCACAAGAACAGCUGAACCCAGAUCCUGGUCCGGAUCGACCGUCAGUGGCAAGUGCAGCACCAACGAGAAGUCGCAUUCCAACGUCAACAGCUACGUAUACUUCCAGAGGACGAGAAGUUCGCUUGCCGGCUCGCUUCAAUCACUACGUGAUGUCUUAA